ACGCACUAAUUAAUAUGCAUGAGCUGAUUAUCGCUAGUAGUAGUGUGUCUCAUGGAGGACAGCGAGCUCGUGAUCCUACAAAAAGCGCAUGCCGAGUUCAAUAGUAAGAAUUAUAAACCAGCAGAGGAAUUAUACACACAAUUCAUCGAGUCCUGCACCAAAUCCAGAAACUGCAGUGCUCAUGAUUUGGCCAUUGCCUAUAAUAACCGAGGGCAGGUGAAGUAUCUGCGGGUGGAUUUUUAUGAAGCCAUGGAUGACUACACCUCUGCCAUACAGAUCAACAGCCAGUUUGAAGUGCCACUUUAUAACAGGGGAUUGAUACGUUACAGAUUGGGCUUUUUCAAGGAAGCAGAGAGUGACUUUCGGAGAGCCCUGGAACUGAAUCCUAAUUUUAAAGAUGCUAAAGAAAGUUUGCAGCAGACACUACUGGACCGUGAAGAAAAGUUGAAGAGAAGCUACUGAAGAGAACUAGUCAUUAAAUUUUAUAAUCAAGCUCAUUAAACUGUUGAUACAACUAGAAGUUAUAUUCUCAUGGACAAUCAAGAGCAUAUGAUUAUGCAGUCAUGAGUUGAAAUGACAUUUAGGCCUGGUUUCACAGACAGGGCUUAGAUCAGUGGUUCUCAAACCUGUCCUGGAGUACCCCCAGCCAGAGGUGUAAAAUACUUGAGUAAUUUUACUUGAUUACUUUACUUAAGUAUUAUUUUGGGGGAUUUGUAUUUUAUUCAAGUACAAUUUAAACUGGUUACUUGUACUUUUACUUGAUUACAUUUCUGGAGGAAAAAAACAGUACUUUUUACUCCUUACAAUUUAAUUUCAUCUUGAAAAGUAUAUUACAUUUUUGUUUUAUCUUAUGCACAAUAAAUAUGGUAAACGGAAGUUCAAAUGUGCGUGAUUGACGUGAGAACCAAUGAUCAUUGUUUUCAUGCAUCAAGCACACACAUUUCUACUUCAGUUGUGACAUUCAUCAGAUAAAUGUCAGGCUUCAAAAGUACACCAUCAAAUCUUUGGAAGCAUAUUGAGGUAGCAAAGUUGCGGCCACCCCAACCCCCCCCCCCCCCCCCAAAAAACUUUAUUCAUUAUUCUUUCUGUUUUGAUAGAGCCAUUAGCUGUGUAAUGUAUUGGCUGAAUGCACAACAUUGAGUGCAAAUAAAUCAGUGAUGAGAAUUUAAAUACAAUUAAUAUUUUUGUGGGAAAGAUUUCUUUUAUUUUAUUAUUAUUAAAUGAUACAAAUCUAAAAAAGUGUUUAAAUGAACAUUGUAUGUGAAAUAAAUUGUAAUUUAUGUUUAGUGAUGUUCUUUCCAGGUUGUGGAUAAAUUGUAUUAAUAAUGUCAUCAUAUGACACAUGGAGUACCAAUUAGGAAUGUCAAUUAAUUAAAAAAAAAUCUUAAUUACAUGAUUUGCUCAUUAAUUAAUCGAAUUAGUCAUAAAUAAUUGUUUAUCAAUAUUUGCGGAGAAAAAAAAAAAACUAAAUGCCCCAAAUAAACAAUCCUUUAAACCAGGGGCUCGUUCCUCGUACGUCGCUUAAUACAUCUGAGAUUAUUUGAAAAAUGCCGGAUCUUCUAAUCCUGAUAACUGAUCUCUGGCUAAUUUGGUUCUUCAAACGAAUUUGCGUAUUAGAUUAAAAUAUCUGGAUUAAGUUGUCUAAGAUUAUUGCGCGUUCUCGUGUUCCUUGAAAAGGGCAGAUGUAUCGAUACUCGAAACCACGAUCAGCAAUGCAGCGAUUGGCUGGCGGCAAGACAGCAACGUUAUGAGAUCAUAUCAUUGAAAAAGACACCUGAUGAAAAAGUUGACAAACUUCUGGACCUUUAUGAGGAAACAGCCAAGCGAACAAACCUACAUCAAUGUUAUAAUAGAUAAAUGAAAUGUGAACUGUUUUUAUUUUAUUUGUCAUUUUUUAUAUGAUUCCCAAUUAUUUUCAUCAUUUCUAGUAUUUGUCACUAAUAAAUCUUUCAAUGAGUAAAA